UGUGGCCGCGUGCAGAAUUCGUCGAUAGUGUAGUUUUAUUUUGUCGAGCAAUCGUGCAGUGAUGCAUCGGUCAUUACAAUCAAAAUGCCAAUGAGAGUUUUCACUCAGUUGUGUGAAAGAUAGCUCGAGAAGAUUCUUUCGACGGAGCCGAUAUUGUCGCUAUUGGUGUCGGGAUGACGCGCCAGGCCGCAGUAGAUCACGAUGCAGACGUAUAGUUAUUCAACGUAAUACGGUGGGGAUAAAAUCGACCGAAAUAUCGUUCUUGUGCGUUCUGGGGCGACGAUGACAUCGUUGGGCCAUUCUCGCUGCUCCGAGUGUCGUAUCGAGUUGGUCUACGAAUAAUCUCUCCAAUAUUGCCACGUUAAAAAGAAAAAAAAAAGAAAAAGGGCAACGAAUGAUGGAAAGUAACUCAAAGUACGUAGUGAUACCUCUUCACCAUCGGCGUGAUUUGAUUACAGAUUGUUGUAAGUUACUUAAUUCAGAGUGGCCUCGAAGCGAAACUGCACGAAUGAAAUCUCUGAAUGUGUCUUGCGACAAUUUUCCUACGUGUUUAAUUCUGAUUAACGAUGAGAACAAAGUCCUUGGACACUGUAAAAUAUCUUUAGUGGCUAAAUCGAAAGUUAGUUGCUUUAUAGAAUCAGUUGUAAUCGACUAUCGCUGUAGAUCUCAGGGAUUAGGAUCUAGAUUGCUGCGUGGAGUAGAAGAAUACGUGGCGAAGAGAGGCCUGAAGAAUAUCUACUUAAGGACGGACGGUCAAGAAGUGUUUUACUAUAAAAAUGGAUACAAAUUGUGCGACCCGUUUAAAGCGUAUGGCAUUAACGACAUCAUAACCGUUAGUUCACCCCUCAGCAGAAUAAAAUUCAGAGAACAAAAUGGCGAUCAAUCUGCUAGACAACCGCCGCCGCCGCCGCCACCGAUGCCAUCGUUUCAACUAUCGAAAUUUUUCGACAUGCGAAUGUCAUCUCAGAAAACACACAUGAUGAAGAAAUUGUGAUAGUAGCGUUACAUUUAAAAUGCUUCGCGACAAAAUGCGCAUAUCUUGCAUUCGUUGACGUUACAAUUCAUGCCAAUUGACAAAACUUAAUGCUUGUAGAUGAAUAUAAUUAAAUAGAACGAGCAGAAACGGGAUUAAUCAUAGAACGAAAUAAAUAGCUUAGUAUUUUUAUAAAAGACUCAAGUACUUUUAUUUGGAAAAUCAGAUAUUCAAUAAUAUGCUCGUACAAAUGAAACAUAGAAGUCAUUUCAGAUGAAAAUAAGUUGAAAACGAAUGUAUUUGAUGUUUCAAUUGGCUUGAGUAGCGUGAGUGAUACUAUAUUUAUUAUAAACCAGAGUCUAUAAAAAACCGAUAUUGUUUCAGGAUUAUGUGACUUUUUUUCUAAUCGCGAGAAAAUGAUAAUUUGUUGUAUAAUUCAUAGAAAUUUCACUCAAAGGUCAAUUAGCAAGCUCAAUCUUCAAGACAAAAAUGUUAGAUCAAAUUUUCAUUCACAAAAAUAUCGAUAUAUUUAUUUUUAAUCUAUAGUAAGGAUAUAUGCGAUAGUUCUGGAACAUUCUACAUUUUUAUUCUCUCUAUUUUUUGCUUAUAGAUUUAAUAUAGUUAUUUUUAUAAUCUCAAUAUAUGCCUAAUUUAACUAAAGAUAUGCUUAUUUUUAGCGUUUUAAUCUGUGAAUCAAACUACAGUUGUUACCUAUCUAAUUUCAUUCUAUCUUUAAUUUGUUAUCUCUCAGCCGUACAUUAAAACGAUACUUCUUUUACAUUUAA